AUGAUAAAUCUAAUCUGUCGGAAAUGGAGGGACGUCGGAGCCAGCCCGAAACGGAAGAACACAACAGAGGGAGAUGGAGGGACGUCGGAGACGGCCGAAAAUGGAUCGAGGAUUGUUGAUUUCUUAUCUCAUGGUUAUGGAGGAAGGGAGACAGAGUCGACGACGGAGAGAGGAAGACAGAGGUACGUCGACGACGGAGGAAGGGUUUCGUGUGAGACGGUUUCAGAGGGAGCUGCUCGAGAGAGUGAUAGGUUCUUAUUUCUGGAUCUGGAUAUCAAAUUCCUCAAAAGAAGAGUACUAGUCUGUUUGAGAGGGCAGAAGAACAUAAAUGAUGGUUCUCAACUACAUUCAUUUUUAGAUGAAAAGUGUGUGCAUAACGGAGUUCUUGUAGAAUCAAAACGGAAAUCUCCAUGUAGGAGGGGAAGAAGUGAUCAAGUGAGAGAGGCUAGAGAUAAUCCACGUUGCCAUCAUUAUCUAUGA